UUUGGCGCACGUUUAGCCACAGCCAUAACCUUAAAUUUAAUAUAAACAAAAUACAAAUUGGCCUUUCUUCUUCUUGUAAAAUGAACGAUCUAAAUCAAGCUCGAAAGUUGUUAGAGCAAUCUCUGGGCGAUGACCUGAAGAAGCAGUACUUUAGUUUACUAAAGCAAUGGUUCCUCUUUAGCAAUUCCAUAACAAAAUUGCAGUUUGAUACCGCCGUACGUAACUUAAUGACCACCAAGGAACAACUCCAUCAACAUAACGAUUUUAUGUUAGCAUUAUACGGAAAGAUUAAUAAUACAAGGGCGAAAAGCACCAGAUCCACUUACGAUAAGGGAUGCUUUGAAAUUGCAGACUCUAUUGAAUAUUUACUACCUCCAAGCCCAACUUUUAUGUUACGACCCGAAGUAGAAAAUCGAAGUGCGGCUGCUGAACUUUUUCUACCCGAUAGUGGUUUUAUUGCCAGCAGAAUUGCGGUUCAAGCUUGGGAGAAUGGACUGGAAGGUGCUGAAGAGGGUGUUACCGACAUUAUUGUCCAGGCUUGUCAGACAUUCAUUAAGAAUAUAAUAAUGGCAAUGGUUACGCGUAAACGGGGUUACAAAGUACGUGACAGUAGGUUUCAGUAUGGUUUUGGCACACCGAUUCCAGAUCCAUUCAUUAGAAAUACAAAUCAUAUCAUUGAUACAACGCAAGAAUGCAAAGUAGAAGUUGGAACUGAUGACGAUUGCUUUAUCCCAGCAAAUAAACCGUCUUUGGAAGCUGCCGAGCAGCAAGCUGCAUUUUCCUAUUCGUGCGGCUCCAAAAGCCAAUCUGAUGGAAAACUUACAUUACAGUUGUUGUACGAUACUCUUAGAGAGGAUCCGAAUAUUAUAGGCUAUCAUUCUGUUAAUAGUAUAAAUUUGUUUAGGAUAGGUUUAAUGUUGGAGGACUCUAGAAAUGAUUAAUGAUUAUUUUUUGUUAUAUGUGAUUUUAUUAUAUUUUAAAAGCACACUUUGUGUAAUAUAAUAAUAGUAUUUGGGGGUGCAGCCAUGCAUAAAAGUGAAUAGGAAGGAGUUAAGUCUGGGAAGUUUUCUAUUCCUUUACCAAGAUGUACAUAUUUUCAACAACUUGCAUCACAUAUUCUAAACAGUAAAUACAAAGAAUUGAUAGAUUCAUGUGAAAAUGAUAGUAAGUAUAUGUUGUAGUAGGUACUUACAAUAAUCUAAGAAUAAACAGUAGAAUUAGAUCUAUUAAUGUCUGUUUUUGUUAAAAUCAUUAAUAUGAAUACAAACAAUU